CUACUUUCGCAUGAUUACAUCUUUUUUGUUUAUGGAGAAUGUAAACCUCUUUCAUGGACCCCAUUCAUUGGAGUUACGCGGUACAGGAAAAACCAGAAAAUCUUCUCUGUCUCUUCCAAGAAACCAACCUAAAUGCUCUGUAAAUAUAUAGUACUAUUGUUCUUUUGAUCUAUCUAACCAAAUAAUUUCCUCAAACUCUGAAAUUCCCACUUCAAUUGUUUAACAGAACCAACGAUUCUUCGUCGUUGACCUCCGGAAACAGCUUUUCCGACAUGUCGGGCGGUGGUUGUGGUUCUUGUGGACGCAGAUGCUCCCACUUCGUAAUCACCUCCGGCGUUUCUGCUCUGUUCUUGUGGCUAGCUCUACGUUCCUCCAAACCCACUUGUUCCAUACAAGAUUUUUACGUGCCUAUCCUUAAUAAAUCCGAUCAUUCGAUGGGUACUAGAAGCAACAACAGCAUAUUCUUUGACCUCAAGCUCGAUAAUGGAAUGAAAGAGAAGGGUGUGUACUACGAUAACAUAAGUUUAACCUUUUUUUGCGGUCCAAAUACUAGCUUUCCUGUAGCCAACUACACUGUGCCAGGAUUUUACCAAGGUCACGGCAAGCAAGCUCGCCGGAAAUCGGUGGUGGAGGCUCAUGGACCGCCAUGGGAGGCGGCUUUUAAAAAUGUUUCCAAUGGAACCGUGUCAAUUUUCAGAGUGGGUUUAUCCACCAAGUUGAGGUUCAGGAUCAUUUUUUGGCAUACCAAGAGACAUAGUUUGGUGGUUGGGGCCAAUAUUGAGGUGAACGAUUCAGGUAAGAAAGUUAGCAAGAAAGGCAUUAAACUGAAAUCCGGCUCGCCGGAGCGUGGGUGCCACCUUGAAAUAUUGUUGUUUUCUAUUGGGUUGGUUGUUAUAAGUUUGCAAAGUUAAAUAAUGGGUAGAUAGUUUUCUGCAUUUGCGAUAAUUUUGUCGGACAUUUUAAGAGUUUGGUUGUUUUGAAUCUUUUAUUGGAUCUAGGUAAUAAAACGUACAAUGUCAUGAAUAAAAUUAAUGUAAUCGAGUCAAAUUUAUUGAAGAUAAGGCUCAAUUCGUCAUUUUUUGUUUUGUUCUAAGGUUUCAAACCUUUGUGCCUACAUGAAAGAGCAGAUGACCU